GCUCGUUGGAAGCGCGUAAGCGGGGACGGACGUCGCGUCAGUCUUCGCGCUUUUACGAUACGAAAUACUACGUGCGUAUGAAGCUUUUUACUAUCGCUUAAAAAAAUAUACUGCUCGUGUUGAUGUUUUUUUUUUCGAUAAUUGAUCGCGGUCUCCGGCUGUUUAUCAUGUGAAAUGGUGUUUUAGAGUUUGUGGUGACAUUUAUUAAUUGUGUUUUUGGUUACCAGGAAUCCAACUGAUUUUACAACAAAACCCGACGAAUUAACUGUAGUAUGAUGAUGAUACAUGAUACACAGGACAUUCCACGAUAUUAGUCAAAUACUGAAAAUUCGCUUGAAAGUGCCGCGAAAGAAUACAAAAUGACAUUCUGGACUAAAACCGGGAACCAUGUGACGGGACUCGCGUAAAAUGUCAGCCGUCCACGACGGUUUCGCGACCAUCCGACGCCCAAGGGUGGGUGUACCCCGGCACCCCCCCAGGCCGCCGUCUCUGGCCAGCGUGCCCGAGAACGGUGUAGGUUGGAGACACGGCAACGACCAUCAACACAGGGCCAGCUUUUGGGCGGAGAAAGGGUCCAUAUCGCCCUUGACCAACGAUGCUGGUGACUCCAAUGACAAGUUCAACAGCUGUUUUGGAGAUAGGUGCAAGUUGUCGCCGGUGGGUGAUCCUAGUGUGCCGUGGUGGGAGCUGGCUACCAGGAAGAGUCGGUACAGGAGCUGUCCAGCGCUGGAGAUGCAUGCUCAUGUGGUAUCGGCGUUCGAGCAGAGUCUGACGUCUAUGACCCAGAGGCUGCAACAUCUUACCGCUACUUCAGAAAAAAAGGAUGCCGAGCUGCAGGAGCUUCGUCAAGCGAUGGAUUCCCUACGAGCUCAGUCGCUCCAGGCGGGUAUCGGAAGGGACUCCGGAAGCAACGGAAGCAGCUUGGCCAGACAACCCUCAUCGGACAGCGUGUCCAGUUUAUCUUCGGCGUGCAGUAUCGACAAACAGCAUGAUAAGAAGAAAAAGAAGGGAUGGUUGAGGAGUUCGUUUACGAAGGCGUUUUCUAGGAAUGCUAAGGUGACGAAAGUUCAAUGUCAACAACAUCCCACCUCUGAAGGAGGAUGCACGGACAGUGAACGAGGACACAGCCCUCCACCACCUCCAGCUCCAACGGACGCAGGUCGUGAGGUCGCCGAAUUGCAGAAACAGUUGAGAGAAAAAGACCUCGUCCUCACAGAUAUUAGGCUCGAAGCACUCAGCUCGGCACACCAGCUCGAAAGUCUCAAGGACACUGUUAUGAAAAUGAGGAGUGAAAUGCUGAGUCUGAAGCAGAACAACGAACGUCUGCAACGCAUGGUAAGCGGCAGUACUGGAAUGGUGAAUGGCUCCAGCACUGGAUCUGCAUCUCCGACGCCCAAUCUUUCCAGCGACCUGGACGGUAGGCGGAAUGGCAGCAUAGACGCCCUCUGCGACCUUGUGCCUGCUCUGGAGGAACCUCCCCCAGAAGCUGAAACUGAUGGGAGGCGGGUGGCGAUAUCGGUGUAUCUUGGACAACCACAAAGUUUUGACAAGUAUUAUGUGGAACAUUACGGGUAUGAUGGUACAGGUACAGGCUUAGGGGCCGAUACCUCUGCGACCACAGAAAUAUCGAUUGCCUAUACAACCAUUGGAGCAGUCACUUCUUGGGCUCAGUUAGACAAUGCUGUCAGGAGAGCCUUCAAACAGUAUGUUGCUAGGCUAGAUCCAGGUGGGGGUCUAGGGCUAGGAAGCGACGCAAUUGCUAGCUACAAGCUUGGAGAGGCAGAGCGGAAACCAGAUAGGCAACCUCCAGAUCUGCUGCCUGUAGGAUAUGCCGUGGGAAGAGUGACAACAGUGCAUGUUGUAUUACAACCUGUUGCUGCAUUAGCUUUUGAAGCUCUUAUACCCAAAGGAGUCGCUCAAAGGUUAGUGUCGUUGUUAGCAGAACACAGAAGGCUAGUGUUAUGCGGAGCACCUGGAACGGGUAAAACCCAUCUAGCCACGAGGUUAGCCGAAUUCCAUGCUCAAAGUCUAGGCAGAGAUCCUGCAGAAGCAGUCGCAACUUUUAAUGUGGAUAACAAAUCAGCCAAAGAUCUUCGUCAGUACCUGUCACACCUGAGUGAGCAAGCUGCAGCGGGCGGCGAAGCUGCGGAUGCUCUGCCGUGUGUUGUAGUUUUAGAUGACCUCCAUAAAGCUGACUCAUUGGCCGAAGCUUUAGGACAGCUUCCUCGCAAUCUUCCAUGUCUUAUAGGUACCAUGGCGCAGAGUGCCUGUUCGGCCACCAGUCUCCAGCUUCAACACGGCUUCCGAUGGGUACUAGUCGCCCCUCACAUGGAACCCGCUCGUGGUCUUCUCGGGCGAGUGCUGAGACGUCGCUUAGCAACACUGGAACUCGAACGGGGUCCUCAACCUGAAUUGGCAGCCAUUCUAGGGUGGCUGCCCAGAGUGUGGCAACACCUGAAUGCAUUUCUGGAAACACAUAGCAGUGGAGAUGUCGCUAUUGGACCUCGGCUAUUUCUUAGUUGCCCUCUUGAACUAGACGCCGCUAGAGCAUGGUUCGCCGACGUGUGGAACUACUCCUUGGCGCCGUACCUGCGCGAGGCUGCGCGUGAAGGCCUUCGACUGUACGGACGCAGAGCCCCGUGGACGGACCCCGCUCGCUUCGUCUUGGAGACAUACCCGUGGCCUGGAGCGCCGCCUCAUGGGUUGGCCACCAUACCCGCAAGGGACGUAGGGCUGCCAGAAGGCGGAACUACGGGGACUAGUACUGGCAGCACUAGUGGUGCUGAUGAGGGAGAUGGAGAUCCUUUGCUCAGCAUGCUGAUGAGGUUGCAAGAGGCAGCAAACUAUUCGAGCCCACAUUCGAAUGAUUCCGACUGUAACAGCAUAGAUUCCAACGCAACUCAUAAUUCAAGUAACGUUGGAGCAGAAAGUGUCUCGUAGGCCUAAAUAUUGUCAAAGAACAAUAGCUCCUAACUUGAGAUUGUAUAAUCACAGGUAGUAAUGCAAAAAACAAAGAAGUCUCAUCGAAAUAUCAAUGAAUCAUGGUAGGAAAUGCAACUGGUACAUUUACUUAUUAUAUGGGUCCCAACAGAGCGGUUUUUUAACGGCAUGAUUUCAAGAACUUUAGGUCUACCAAGAGCAUUAAAAGAAUGGAAUAUAGAUACUCAUUUGGUAUAACUAUAAUCAUAGAAACACAAUAUGAAAAGUUAAAAUCGUGUCAUCAAAGUGAAAUGUCAACAUACAAGUGUCCUGACUGUUAUGCGAGAUCAAAAAUAAAGCAUGAUGAUAUUCUGACAAAAAAUUGGGUUCAUUCAAAUCAGGAAGGCUGUUUAACUAAUAUUGAUUGACAGGGGCGGCUGGCCCUUAAGUUCUGCAGAGCUGCAGAACUGCCAAAACUUUUGUCUUAACAGAAAAAAGCAGUAGUAAUUUGAUCAUUAUUUAUUUUCCAUGUUAUCACACAAAUAGAAACAAUACCGGCAAUGCUGCCCCCGCAAGACACGGCGUCGAGUCUGUUUUUUACUGAGAAAGCGUUAUAAUCGACCAAUUGUGUACUUGUCACUUUCGUCGCGACCGCAGCGUAACAUUAUUCAUGGGCCACUUGAACAGGGUGUGUGCACUACCUCGACACAAGCCUCACGCGCUUGCUUUUUACAAAAUCAAAUGCGCGAUUUAAGCAUAAGCAUGUGCUGCAAGUUAUACAGAUCCGUACGGAUCUAAUGCGAAGUACUAUAUCUGAUUGGUCGGUGGGUGCUCGGUCCUCGGCGGUAUUGGCAUAUUGGUCUUGUCGCGUGACGUGGCUUAAAAUUUUUUUAUUUAGGUAUUUUGGGUCUUACGUUGAGUGACUAGUGACUCACUGACUGACUGUGGCUGUGUAGAAGGGUGAUGCAAGACAAUGGAUGCGGUUUACAUACUUAUCAGUGUGAAACGAUUCUGGAAAUACACAUUUGAAGAAAAAAUUGGGCUGAAGGUGUUAGGUCGACCGCAGCCGGACAUAUUUAUAGAAACACAGGGCGUUAGUCGGGGCAAGGGCUAUACGCGGCAUUUCAGCAGAUUUACACCAGAAAUGACUGGAUUUGUGGGUGCAACAAGAAGAAUGCCCUUUUCUGCUUUCCUUGCUUACUUUUCGGCGGUGACAAAGCUUGGACGGAGGUAGGUGUUACAGAUCUAGUGCACCUGAGUGAAAAAAUUAAGAAGCAUGAAAACUUUAAAUCAUAUCUUCAUAAUUCGAUGGAAUUGGCUUUAUUGGGGACUGUUAACAUCAGAGCUCAAUUAGAUUCAGCAUAUUGGAGAAAUAUACAACAGCAUAAUGAUACCGGUACAAAAAACAGGUACGUUGUAUCAAAAAUAAUCGAUUGUAUAAAAUUUUACGUAGCAUUUGAACUGGAGCUAUGGGGCCACGACGAAACCGAGAGCUCCCAAAACCCGGGAAUAUUUCUUGGACUGAUUAAUUUUUCUGCUGAGCUUGAUACAACCUUAAGCGAACACUUAAUAAAUCCUUCAAUAUUUAAAGGAACUUCGAAAGAAAUACAAAACGAUCUACUGGAUUGUUUUUCAUGAAAAAAUAAUAAAACAGAUUAACAGAGCCUCGUAUUUGGCGAUAAUAGCAGACAACGGACAUUUCGAAGAAACCCCAACUGGUAACAAUUUUCAGAUACGUAUUUAACGGCGCACCAGUAGAACGUUUUUGGAAUUAUAUGAAUCCCAAAAAAUGUGACGCUGAUACUCAAGACAUAUUUUGAGCGUCGUAAUCCAUUAACAGGAAAUUUCUCUAACAAACUGAUUUCACAAAGCUAUGAUGGAGCCGCGGUAAUGAGCGGACAUAAUGCUGGAGUACAGGCAAAAAUUAAACAAAGAUAUCCAUUUGCUCACUAUGUGCAUUGCUAUGCGCAUCAGUUCAACCUGAUGCUGCUUCCGCAAAUGCUCAAGUUCGGGUGUCCUUUGGGGAUUUGAAAGAUAUUCCGGAAUUUUUUAGUAAUUCUUCUCAACGCGUAGAGGUACCGAACAGAAUUGUGAGGAAACAAUUUCCCAAGGAGCAACAACUCGUUGGAAUUUUAAUAUUCGAACAAUAAAUGUAGUGUUUGAGAACAUAGAAUCACUCAUUGAAUGAAUGGAAGAAAUAGAAGAAAAUAUCACUAAUAAAACCGUUUGGAAGGCAGCUUGCGGUAUUCGCCGUAUGUUAAACGAUUCUGUUUUCGUGUUUUGGCUGACAUUUUUUCAUCACAUCAAGCCUCAUGUCGGUAUCUUGUUCAACCAGUUGCAAAAGAGAAAAACAGAGCCAGCACAAAUUAAAACGGCUAUCGAUAAUUUUGAAAAAUGCAUUGUCGAUAUGAGAAAUAAAAUUGAUGACAUAAUAAAGCCAAAAGUAUUUGCACUGAACCCCAAGGCAACAAAAGGAGACGACGUGUUAAUAGCAGUCACGAUGACCGAGUUGCCGCAUUAGAAGUAUGCGACAAUAUAGUGAAUUCUGAAAAUGACUUCAAUUCAAAGAUCAUUUGACAGCCGCAUCCCUUUUUUCCCGGAACACUUUGGAGAAUACUGUGCUAAGUUUCUUGAUGACAAGUUGGAAACUACCUGCUUGGCUUAUCCCGAAUUAGAAAAAAGUCGUUUAAAGACAGAGUUGUCUGUUAUUUAUGCACGGAAUGAUUGCCGAGAUUUACAUGGAACUCUGUCUGUUUUGAAAUUUUUGAUACAAAAUAGUUUGGAGGAAACACUAAAAGAAACAAAAAAGCUAUUAGAAAUUAUUGUUACAACUCCUAUGUCAACAUCAGAGGCUGAGCGAAAUUUCUCAACAUUGAAAAGAAUCAAGACCUUUCUUCGAAAUCCUAUUACCCAGGAUCGCCUUACAGCGUUGUCGAUGCUGUCCAUUGAAAAUGAAUUUAUUUCGACCAUGGAAAAUUUCAACAGGAAGGUGAUCGACAAAUAUGCUGCCAAGAAGGAGCGCAGGAUCGAACUGACAUAUAAAAAAUGAAUAAGUUCGGAUUUGCAGAACACCUGUUUUAUUUUGUCACGAGCCGCCACUGUAAUUGACAAAAUUCUGUAACAUUUAAUAUUCUGCAACAUUGUCACGGUAACUGGGUUUUCAAGAACAUACAUCUUCGUAUACCCAUUUUACAUUGAUAAUUAAUCCAUAGAUUUCUAUAUGGCCAAAUUUCAAAUAUAUAAAACAGAAAUUUGAUGUAAACUAGAUUCAUGAACGUCUGCGUGGAUUUCUGCACGCGACUAUAGCCUGUUCUAAUUUGUUUGCUAAGUUGAACGUGUCGUCAAAGUGAAAUGUCAACCUGCAAGUGACCUAACAGUCAUGAAAUAAAAAAAAAUGAAGCAUGACGAUUAACCAACGAAAAAUCGGCUUAAAUUCACCAAGUGACUCGAACCAAAUGACAUUCGAAUCAAAGUUUAUUAGGGAAGGUUGUUUAACUAAUGUUGCUUGUCAAAAGUCUGUAAUAUUUGAUACAAUAAUUAUAUAGUCUGCUACGUUGCCACAUAAUGAAGUUGUGUGACAUGAUCUGAACUUCAAUCGCUCUUUGACACACUUAUCGUCGUAUACUCGUUUUACAUUGACAAUAAAUCCAUGGAUUUCUGCCAUGAACUAUAUUCAAUAUAUAAAAGAGGAAUUUGACAUCAAAAUAAAUUAAUGAACUUCUCCGUGGACUUCUGCAGGCAGGUUCUAAUGAACCUGUUCCAAUUUUUGCGUCAAGUUGGAUGUCAAACUCCAUGAUGCCUUGUUUUCAAAUCAAGUAUAAAACUUUGAUAGAACAGUAUUUAACGCUAUGGUUUCUUUUUCACCUCAAGAUCAAAACCGCAAUACAUGUGUAUAUAAAAACGGAAUGUUUUUAGCAAGAGUUUGUUGUGUGAUUGGUACUGUUGGCGACACUACCGCGUACUGUAAAAAUAUUAUCGGCAUGACCUUGAAGAAAUCCAUCUAAAUAAAUUCCUGAAGAAAUUGUUCAUGUAAAACAGGUAUUAGACGUUUUGUCUGUAAGAGCCUCCUUUCGCCAGCACCAAUCGAACCUUUUCAAGAAAAGAUGCUACAUGGAUGUAUGGCUGUUGGAAAAGUGCUAGCUGAUGGAUAGCAUAUGCCACUGAAGAUAUAUAGGUAUAUUUCGAGUCAACCUUCACUACAGAAGUGAUAUAAGUUCAACCAGAAGUUAGUAUAUCAGUUGCAUUUCUCUGCCACGACUUAGCUUUGAGAUUUGAUAGAGUUGACAUGGUGUAGAGCGGGUAUGUAAAAUCUAAAAUGCUGGUACUAUUUACCCCGACAAACGGUAAAAAAAGGUUUGUAUAGCUGUAACACUUGAAUCGUGACUAUAACAAAAGUGCUUCAAAUUUUCUAAGCGAUAAUAUUGUAAAAUAGCCUUAUUUAUUUUUCUUUUGUGAUUUUAGUUUGUACUGUAUGUAUUAUGAUGUUUUUGUUGCAUAUUUUAGAUAUAUCAAAUCUGUGUUUUUGGCGCUUGUUCUGUAAAUGGAUCGUGUCGCUACAAUUUUGUUCUAAUCAAUGAAUGAUUUGAGUGAAGAUAUAUGUGUACAGGUUCUGUAUUUCCGAGAAACUAGACCUCAAAUGACAGGAAAUACACAGUCAUCAACUAGAUGCAAAACUGUAUUUUUACUCUCUAUACUGGAACCGUAAAUAUGCCGGAAAAAUAAGUUAUUUUUGAGAGAAAUAAAUCGUACCUGUCGCCACAGUUAUUAUAUCUCAUAAGCAAUUUAAGACUUGCAAAAUGUUUAUUGAACUACACAUAGAGUACUGUUUUUGAGUCUAGUUGUGGGAAAGUCUAGAACCUUUGAACAUUGUUGUUACAUUUGAUACGCAAAACAGGCAGAAAGAAUAUUUAUGAGUUCUUCUGGUCAAGAUAACGGUUUUUGUAAAUAUGUUAUUUAUAUACAGAGAAGUUUUCUACGCCUCUUGGUUAUAUUUAUAUUAAUACCUGUAAAUGUUUUUAAUAACUUUUAUACCAAAAUGUAUAGACAAAACUGCCAUAAUAAAUUAUUAAACGUGUACUA